AGACUAAGGAGAUGGCUCCUGCGGUCCCACGUCAGUCGCCAACCCUGUGGUCUCUGUGCACUCUGGCACCACCUCCUCCUCCGCUUGCUGUCUCUCUUUUCAUCCCAUUCUCCAACACUUCCUCCUUGCUUCCGACGGAUGGCAGCAACAAUCGAACCGUUCUCUUGUGCUUUGAAAAGAAAUAAAACUCAAACGUCUGGCAUUUUCGUAUCCUGGCUUCCAGGGGAGAUGUUGAUGGAAUUUGUGCAUCAGUAGUAAUGUUUAGGAGAAGCAACAUCACUGCAAGGAUUUUUCAGCGCCAAAUCUGCACUCCUGCUCCUGGAACUAGUGUCCAUUGUGCAAGGCGAUUUUAUGAGAAUUUAGUCCCAAGUUGUACCAUAUUUGAUGUCGAAUGCCCAGACCAAUCAUUCUGCAAAUUUACUGAUGAUGGCCAAUACCUAAUAAGUUUCAGCAGAAACCAACAGAAUCUGAUCGUUUACAGACCAACAUGGCUUUCAUUUUCAUGCAAAGAAGAAGAUUGUGAUGCUUUUGAUCUCCCUCCAAAAGCAAAGAGAUUUGAAAGUUUCUUCACACGGUUAUAUAGUGUAUCGCUUGCUUCCUCCAAUGCAGUCAUAUGCAAAGACUUCUUCCUUUACAUGGAGGGUAACCAUUAUGGAAUAUUUGCUACUUCUACUUUACCAAUUCAUGAGCCGCCUGCUACCGGUGGAGCUAUUCAGGGAAUCCCUUAUAUAGAAAAGAUAACCUUUCAUCUAAUAAGAUUGGAAGAUGGAUUCGUAUUGGACGAGAAGAUCCUUCACAAUGAUUUUGUUAAUCUGACCCAUAACAUGGGUGUCUUCUUGUAUGAUGAUUUAUUAGCAAUUGUGUCGCUUCGCAAUCAAACAAUACACAUUCUCCAAAUUAGAGACUCGGGGAACCUCGUAGAUGUACGAACUAUUGGGGAAUUCUGUCAUGAAGAUGAUGAACUUUUUCUCAAUUCAAAUGCUCAGUGCUUGGCAUUUCCUGACAAAAGUAAACUGCAUCAGUUGCCCAGGAUCAAUGUUCAGAAUGGUUUACAGCAUAGCCAGCCUAAUCUAGAAGAUUCUUUUCUGACCGGCAUCAAACAACGCCUUCUUUCAUUCAUAUUUCAAGGAAUAUGGAAUGAAGAAAAGGACCAUACCUUGAGGGUCCAGUGCUUGAAGAAGAAAUUUUAUUACCAUUUUCAAGAUUAUGCAGACUUGAUUAUCUGGAAGGUACAAUUCUUGGACCGGCACCACCUGCUAAUCAAGUUUGGUAGUGUGGAUGGAGGGGUGUCGCGAAAUGCUGAUCAGCACCCAGCUUUUUUUGCUGUAUAUAACAUGGAGACAACUGACAUCAUUGCAUUUUAUCAGAAUUCUCCGGAGGAGCUCUAUCUCUUAUUUGAGCAGUUCUGUGACCACUUCCAUGCGACAUCAAGAAAUUCUUUGUCUAUGAAUUUUGUUUCAUCUCACUCAAAUAACAUUCAUGCUCUGGAACAACUAAGAUGUGUAAAAAAUAAAGCAAGCAGCUCUUCACAGUUUGUGAAGAAGAUGCUGAGCUCGUCUUUGCCUUACAGUUGUCAGUCACAGAGUCCUUCUCCCUAUUUUGACCAAUCUCUCUUUCGGUUUGAUGAAAAGCUGAUUUCUGCUACGAACCGGCAUAGGCAGUCAACAGACCAUCCAAUCAAGUUUAUUUUAAGAAGGCAACCAUAUUCCCUUAAAUUUAAGAUCAAAACAGGUCCUGAAGCUGGUAAUACGGAUGGUCGGACAAAGAAGAUCUCUUCAUUCUUGUUCCAUCCAAUACUACCUCUCGUUCUCUCCAUUCAGCAUACUUUGUUCUUGCAGCCGUCAGUUUUGAAUAUUCAUUUCCGGAGAUGAAGCUUCUUAUUUUGUAGACAGCCUUUUAGCGAGAUUGUAGAUUAAAUUGAGGAAAUGCGUAUUUUUAUUCUGAAAUUGUACAAUAAAAAUAAUAUACAGUCAGAGAUUGCAGUUGAAUGCUUGAA